GAAACAGACAGCCGAGACGUGUCUAGCGGUGGCACGUGUUAUUUGCCCCCUUUUUCGCAAUCUUUUCCCCUCUACAAAAAUCGGGAGGAGUGGCUGAUUUAAUAAUCUAAGCACAUGCUAACUGCCAGUGCUUCGGAGCCGGCGGAACCGUGGGGCCGACGACGGAAAAUUAAAAGAUGGAUUCUCUGACGGAAAAGACACCUAGGAGUAAGAACCCGAGGGCAGAAGCGAAUCCACUCUCCGCUGUGACUUUCAGCUGGAUGCUGCCGCUAUUCUUCAAAAGCCUGAAGAAAGAUCUCACCCUUGACGAUCUGUUCGAGCCACUAGAUGAGCACAAGUCGUCCAAACUUGGAGGCAGACUUGAGAAAGAAUGGGAUGCUGAGGUGUUGCGGUCGAAGAAACUCAACAAACAACCGAGUCUACUCAGGCCUAUACUCAAAAUUUUCGGUUUUAAGCUAAUCCUCUAUGGCUUACAAUUAUCAACAUCAUGCUUGGGAUUUAUGAUAGCGAAGCCAUUGUUUUUAGGUGGUCUGAUCUCUUAUUUUACGCUUGGUAGUACAAAGGAUGAUGCCUACUUCUCUGCCACGGGGUUUGUUGUCUGUGUGGCUUUUGUGGUGCUCAUCGAGCACCCGUUCAUUCUUGGGACGAUGCACUUAGGAAUGAAACUUCGAGUGGCCGUCUGCUCCUUAGUGUACCGCAAGGCACUGAAGCUGUCGAAGAUGUCACUUGGUAAGACCACCGUCGGCCAAGUGGUCAAUCUCAUGUCGAACGAUGUGAACCGUUUUGAUCUUUUCUUCCUCUUCAUUCACUAUUUGUGGAUCGGGCCUGUCAGUACUUGCGUCGUCACUUACUUGAUGUGGCUGCGUGUCGGACCGGCUUCGGUUCUCGGAGUCACAUCACUCCUCAUCCUCAUUCCAUUUCAAGGAUGGCUGGGGAAGCAGGCGUCAAACUUAAGACUCAAGACUGCCCACAGGACUGACUACAGAGUUCACAUCAUGAACGAAAUCAUCACUGGAAUCCAAGUUAUUAAAAUGUACACCUGGGAAAAGCCAUUUGCCAAGCUGGUCUCUCAGUCCAGGAAAAAAGAGAUCAAUCAAAUCACAAAAUCCUCUUAUAUCAGAGGAAUAAUGAAUUCUUUCAUCAUCUUCCACGCUCGGACUGCCAUUUUUUUUACAAUAAUUUCUUAUGUUUUACUUGGAAAUUCGAUAAAUGCAGAGGAUGUGUUCGUGCUCACAUCUUUGUACUCCAUAUUAAGAGAAUCUAUGACAAUAUUUUUCCCGCUGGGUAUAACACAGCUCGCCGAGGGACUUGUAUCAGUCGAAAGAAUCAGAAAAUUCCUCGUUCUAGAAUUGCAAAACGAAGAAUUUACAAAUUUUGUUGAUGGAAAUGAGGUUGAAAAGAAUCACUUUCACCUGCUUACAAAGUACGAGCAUUUCACUCAUGAGGGCAAAAAGCCAGGGAUCAUUGUGAAAAAUGCAUGUGCUAAAUGGUCGCCCGAUUCUUUGGACAAUUCGCUCAAUUCUCUCGAUCUUGAAGUAAUUCCAGGCCAACUUACUGUUAUUGUCGGAACCGUUGGAAGUGGCAAAUCAUCAUUCUUCCUCGCUCUUCUGAAGGAGCUCUCUCUAACAAGCGGGACCAUCAAAAUUUCCGGUAAAAUAUCCUACGCUUCCCAGGAAUCGUGGCUGUUCCAAGGCUCGAUUCGACAGAACAUUCUCUUCGGCGAGCCUUACGACAAGGCGCGAUAUCAGGCGGUCACGCGUGCCUGUUCGCUUCUCAUAGACUUCGAACAGUUUCCCCAUGGAGACAAGACGAUUGUCGGUGAAAGGGGUGUAUCUCUGAGCGGAGGACAGCGUGCCAGGGUCAACCUUGCAAGGGCGGUGUACAAAAAUGCUGACAUUUACCUCUUGGAUGACCCUUUAUCUGCUGUCGACACUCAUGUUGGAAAACACCUUUUUGAAGAGUGCAUUCAAGGCUUUUUGAGAAACAAAACUGUCCUUGUUAUCACACAUCAGCUUCAAUACCUUGAAAAUGUGGAUCAGAUUGUUCUUUUAGAAAAUGGCAGGAUUUUGGCAAAAGGCACCUACCAAGAGUUGCAGAAAUCAAGCAUGGACUUUAAAAACGUAGUGGCGCAUAAAGGAGAAGAGGAGUUUGAAGAAAAGCCUCAUCUUCCUAAAAAUUUCCUCAGCCGGAGGUCUUCACAGCAAAGUUUGAUAUCUUCCAUUAAUGAUGAAAAUGUUAUUGACAUAGAGCCGGAAGAGGAGGCCGAGAUGCAGAGCAAAGGCUCAGUCGGUUGGUACGUUUAUAGGAUAUAUCUUAAGUCUGGCGGCGGAUGGUUUUUUCUAUUUCUCGUCCUGUCUAUGUUCAUUUUUACACAGGCUCUUGCGAGUGGGUGUGACAUCUGGAUAACAUACUGGGUGAAUUCAGCAGAGUAUGCUUAUACAAAUGGAACGUUGACUUUAGAAGAAUCAUACCCAUAUAUCUACGUGUUCAGCGCACUCACUGCCGCCACUGUGUUCGUCGUUUUAAUCAGAUCAUUUAUGUAUUUCAAAUUGUGUAUGAAUUCUUCUAAAAAACUUCACGGGCAUAUGUUCAGCUCUAUAACAAGAGCUCCGAUGUUGUUUUUCAACAACAACCCUUCAGGACGUAUAUUAAACAGAUUUUCCAAAGACAUGGGUACAAUUGAUGAAUUACUGCCUUCAACUUUGUUGGACGUAUUCCAGAUAGCAGGUACUCUUCUUGCAAUCCUAACAGUCGUAGCAAUUAUCAAUCCUUGGUUACUUAUACCAACUGGAAUCUGUGCAACAUUGUUUUAUUUCAUGCGGAUAUUCUACACAACAACUUCACGAUGUUUAAAAAGAUUAGAAGGAAUCUCUCGGAGCCCCGUGUUUACGCAUUUGAAUGCUUCCCUUCAGGGCUUGACAACAAUCAGAGCCUUUAACGCACAGGAAAGAUUAAUUCAUGAAUUUGAUGCCCAUCAGGAUCUCCACUCGACAGCUUGGUAUUUAUUUAUAGCAGCAAGUCGUACGUUUGGCUUCUGGCUCGACUUGUUCUGCGUCGUGUACAUAACAUCGGUCACGUUCAGUUUCAUUUUAAUGGAUGAAGAGACGAUGGGAGGAAAUGUGGGACUGGCGAUCACACAGGCGGCCGGUCUCACGGGAAUGUUCCAGUGGGGUAUGAGGCAGAGCGCAGAACUCGAAAAUCAGAUGACGUCCGUCGAAAGGGUGUUAGAGUACUCCAAUCUGGAAAGCGAGCCUCCUCUGGAAUCAAGUCCAGACAAAAAGCCAAAAAAAUCAUGGCCAGAUGAUGGAAAAAUCGAAUUUUCUAAUGUUCACCUUCGUUAUGGGCCAAAUUCACCGUGGGUUCUGCAGAAGCUCUUUUUCACAGUUGUGAAAAACGAAAAGGUCGGAAUCGUCGGAAGAACCGGGGCUGGAAAAUCUUCGCUUAUUUCCGCCUUGUUCCGUCUGGCUGAGAUAAGUGGAGAGAUAAAGAUCGAUGGGAUCAACACCGCUGAUUUAGGCCUGCAUGACCUCAGAUCGAAAAUUUCCAUAAUCCCCCAGGAAGCGAUCCUCUUCUCUGGCAGCCUGAGAAAAAAUCUCGAUCCUUUCGACGAGCACGAGGAUGCAGUGUUAUGGAGCGCCCUUGACAAGGUCGAGCUUAGGGAAACCGUCGAGGAAUUGAACAACGGCCUUCAAGAGGUGAUUACAGAAGGCGGUUCGAACUUGAGCAUCGGCCAGAGGCAGCUUAUCUGCUUGGCGAGGGCGAUUGUCAAAAACAACAAAAUAUUGGUCUUGGACGAAGCCACCGCUAAUGUCGAUCCAAAAACAGAUUCAUUGAUACAAAAAACAAUAAGAGAAAAAUUUGCUAAUUGUACGGUAUUAACAAUUGCGCAUAGGCUAAAUACUGUCAUGGAUUCAGAUAAAGUUUUGGUCAUGAAUGCUGGUUUUUAAUUAAUUUAAAUUCAGCAAGAGAAAAAAUAAGAAUGGCCUCCAAAUGGCUGGACCACAUAAACUUUUGAAAAUUGUGGCAAAAUAGGUUGGAAAGAAGAU